CUAGACUAGUAUGCCCACCUGAAAAACGCUAACAGUUGAAAGACGAAAAACCGUAUCGCAAACCCUAGGUACCCACUCUGCAUCUGCUGGGGAAUUAGCAUAUUCAAUUUUUUCAGUCGGCAGCACAAACAGAGGGAAGAACAGCUGCGGAGCGCGAAAAUGGCGAAGAAUGACGGCGGAAGGAAGAAGAGGGAGAAGCCCAACAUCCUUAUAACGGGAACGCCUGGUACUGGUAAAACGACGAUGUCCUCGGCUCUGGCGGAGGCGGCCAAUCUCCGGCAUAUCAACGUCGGUGAUUUGGUGAAAGAGAAGAAUCUCCACGAUGGAUGGGACGAGGAGUUCGAAAGUUACAUCAUCAACGAGGACCUCGUAUGUGAUGAGCUUGAAGAUUUAAUGGAAGAAGGUGGGAAUAUUGUGGACCACCAUGGCUGUGACUUCUUUCCCGAACGUUGGUUUGAUCUUGUUGUGGUGCUUCAAUCUGAGAAUUCUGUGUUGUACGAUCGGCUGAACAAGAGGGGUUAUACUGGAAAAAAGCUCUCCAACAACAUUGAGUGCGAGAUCUUUCAGGUAUUAUUUGAGGAGGCAAAAGAGAGUUAUCCCGAAGAUAUUGUGCAGGCGUUAAGAAGUGAUUGCAUUGAUGAUAUAGAUAAGAAUGUUUCUAGGAUAACAGAUUGGGUUAGAAGUUGGAGCAAUUUGCCUUGAUCUAUAUGGUGUGUAUGUAGUUCCAAUUUGAGAGUGAAUUUCUGUUAUCAUUGGUUGUGAGUGUCAUCUAUCUGGAAACUUUGUCUGCCGAUUCCAAAUUGUUUCUAAACUACUGUACUUGCAUUUUGGCGCUUAGUUUCGUUACACAGAUAACACGACACACUCGCUCUUCGUCU